UUGAAAGGUCUGUGCGGUAAAGGAAAGUAUCCGUUACUGAAGACUAUUAGCAAAGAAUUGAACGGAAUUGACGGCAAUCCGGACCCAGUGAUCAUUGAACACCAUCACACGAAGUCACCUCCAAUACCGACAACCGCGAUGCCCGGCCCUACCGUCGCGCCGGUGUCUCUGCCCACUAGAAAACCGGGGCCAACACCACAGCCCGGAUCCACUUCAGCGCCGGGAACUUUUGUGUGUAAGGCCUCGGGUUUCUUCCCCGACCCUCAGGAUAAGACCGCUUAUCACGAGUGCAUUAAUAACGGUCCGGGAAAGUUCCAGGAUAUUCUCUACCAUUGUGGACCAGGGUCCAUUUACGAUGAGGAGCACCAUGUGUGCAAAUUGCCUCCUAGUUAAAUGUUUUGAAGUCAACCCAAAUUAAUUUAAAUGCCAUCAUUUAUAAGAAUGUAUAAAUCUAAAUUAAUAAAUUGCAAAUUUUAAAUAAAAUUAUUGUAUUGAUUUUUAUAAUCGCC